AUGGCGUCUUCGACUACAGUCGGUGUUUCAAGAGAAGUGGGCCAGAAGCUCGAGCCCCGGCCGUUACCCAUGUGGCUACCUGCCAUCCUGUUACCGCUCGCCGCCUCGCUCGUCCUCCAUCCGAUACUUUAUGCUGCGUCCACAUCGCCAACACUUCCACUCCCCUCGCUCGUACAAGACUUUACCCGGACGCUGCCUGCCCCCACUUUCCCCGCCCUCGAGGCCAACGUCGGUUUCAGUAUCGUCGCCUUCUUAGGGAUGCUCUACGCGGUCCCAUGGAUGGGAGACGCGUUCGUCGCUAAAGACCUCAAGGGGCUAGACCUCCUCAAGGGCGUCCACGGGACCGUCAUCCCGGAAUGCAUGGGUCUGCCAGGCGCCGCAGGGUAUAUCGGCCUGAUGAUCAUGUUCAUCCCGUUUCCCUUUUCGAAAUACUUUGAAGACUCGCUCAACGGCUGGGGCAUCGAAGGCGCGGCCAAGAACGGGGACCUCGAAUCGCUCCGCAUGGAACAGGCUGUGGGGAGACGUACGUUUCCUCAUCAAGAGCUCGCCCUGUUCUUGUCGUCCAUCCUAUCGCUCUUGAUCGCUACCUUGCUCGGGUUCCUGGAUGACGUUUUCGAUAUUCGUUGGCGACAUAAAUUGCCUAUCCCGAUCAUCGCCAGUAUCCCCUUGCUCAUGGUCUACUAUGCUGAAGGUGGUUUGACUACCGUAGUCAUGCCGAUCGGAGCCAGGUGGUUGUUCGGCAAUACCGUCAAUCUGGGCCCCCUAUACUACAUCUACAUGUCACUGCUAUCGACAUUCUCGACCAACGGGAUCAACAUCUUGGCCGGCGUCAACGGACUCGAGGUGGGACAGGCCCUUGUCAUCGCGCUCUCGGUCGCCUUCAACGAUGCCCUGUACCUGCCCAUCUGGCCGAGACUAGCGUUUGGAGAGCCGGGAGCGCUCAACGAGCUCGUCUUGCUCGAGGGUGGACCGGUUUUGAGGAGGGGAAGCGAAGAGCUGAUUCAGCGGCAUCUGCUGAGUCUCUACUUUAUGGGUCCGCUCAUCGGUGUUUGCCUCGGGUUGCUCUACCACAAUUGGUUCCCCGCUCGAGUCUUUGUUGGGGACACCUUUUGCUAUUUUGCCGGGAUGGCGUUCGCGGUCGUCGCGAUCCAGGGUCACUUUUCCAAGACCUUGCUCUUGUUCUUCAUCCCCCAGAUCUUCAACUUCGUAUUGAGCGUACCCCAGCUGUUCGGUCUCGUGCCUUGUCCGCGACAUCGUCUGCCAAAGCUCGACCCGGCGACCGGCCUGUUGCAACCCUCGACCGUCGUCUUUGCCUCGCCCCCCAAACGCAAAACCGUUGUUACGCUCAAACUGCUCGCGAUGUUGGGUCUUACCAAGAUAACGUACGACAAGGACGGCAAGAGCAUCGUUUCGGCCACCAAUCUCACGUUAUACACGCUCAUCCUGGUCUACAAACCGAUGCGCGAGGACAAGCUCACCAUGACCAUCAUGUGGCUGCAAUUCCUAGGCAGCGUCAUGGCGUUCUUUGUACGAUACGGAAUCGCGUCGCUCUUGUACGACGGCGAUCGACGAUAA